GGUAGCCCUGCAUUUGUGGUAGCACAAGUAAACAGAAGCUUCCGUAGUCACUGAGUGUACCUCACCAUCUGUCCAUCACUGCUCCUUCGUCGAGCACCUUCCAGCAAAUAUGGUUCGCACUGAUGAGAACGAUCACUCAUCUACUAACCUGCCAACUUCAGACACAACCCCCUCGCAGACUGGCAAGAAAAAGAGACAUCGUGCAGGCAAGAAGGAUCAAUCAAAGAGACAUCGUCGGCAAGAGCGUGAAGCCCUCUCUCAAACUAUGAUCGACGACGACUCAGAGUCCAUUGAGACGCCUGCCUUUGAGCUUCGCAGUGUGGAGGCCAAAGGUCUGGGCCUGUUCGCGACCCGGGAUAUCGAAGUUGGUGAACGCAUCAUACAGGAGGCACCGCUGUUCAUUCUUCCCAAAUCGGAUAUUACGAACAGUUUGAUCAUUGAGAGCUUCAUCAACCUACAGCCGGACCAGCAAGUGGCUUACUUGGAACUGUGUGCCCAUACCACAUGCAUCCCGAGAGACGAAACCGAGGUGGAAAAGACGUGUGUGGCUGAAGGUAGCGUAUCAAAUUCAACAGAAGUGCACACCCCUGAAAACCCAGGUGACGGGACUGGACUUUCGGAGGAACAGAUUGAUCGUCGCAGUUGUGCUUCUGACAUGCAGUCUUUUCCACCAAAGGGUCUUGACAGCGGCUCUGAUGGUGGUUCAAUCUGCAAGUCUCCCAAUGCGGACAGCUGUGGCGGCGAUCCAAGCUUUAGACAGACAUACAAGCUCGAGCUACCAGGCCCUGAAGCCACAACACCCAGUCCAUUGACCAAACAAUCCGGGUUUGAUCGUUCGAUUGUCGAUAACCCCUUCGAAGCCAGAAUCUGGAAGGUCAAUGGUCUGAAAGAUGCUCUCGAAGCAACAACAACAACAACUGACCCGGAUAUGGGAAGCAGUGUGCAUGACUCGAGCGACGACGACCAAUACCAGGAUGUGAGUGCUGUCGAGAUGACCGCAUCACUCGCAGCUCGUGUUGUCAACAUCUGGCGCACCAACUCCUAUAUGCUCGACGACGGUAUCAAUCUGGAUCAUGCUGGAGUUGGCAUGGCCCCAUCCCGCCUGAACCAUUCAUGCUCGCCGAACGUCUAUGUCGCCUUCAACAGCACGUCCGGAUACAUGACCGUGCAGACCGUCAUGCCGGUUGCUGCUGGAGAUGAGCUGUGCACUGCCUAUAUCAAUGUCACGGACAUGCAACGUACCGAGCGACGCGCCCUACUGAGUGCAUGGGGCUUCGAGUGCGGUUGUGUUGCCUGUGCCGACGGCCGCGACGAGUCCCGCCGCCGGAAGAUCAAGGAAAUCAAGACCCGAGUUGGGGUGGUGAAGAUGGCAAUGAUGGAAGAUCUUACAGCCAUACCCGCCGCACAGCUUGAACAAACAGUUGGAGAUCUACUAGAUCAGGCUACCCUAAUGGAGGAAGAGUCUCUUUUCGGUCCCGACCUAGCUGACGUCUGUUUUGGGGCAGCGAGAUGUUGCCUUAUUCUUGAUCGUCGCGAAGAAGCUCGCCAGCUUCAGUCGGAGGGUCUCAAGGUUCUGCUACGUGGUCAUGGCCUUGACAACCCUAUCUGUCUUGCCGCCUUCCAGGCUGGCGAUUUAUGCGAAGCUUGAGUAAGGUGCUUUUGUCGAAGGCUUGACGUGAAAUAAGUCAGGUAGGACCUGAUGGAUUAUGCACAGUCAUUUACCAUGAGACUCGUUCGGGAUAGGCGAACAGACGGGUCAUCAUGCUGGGUAGUUGGUUUUUGCGUACAAGUGCGGACAUUGCACACACAGUCGCUACUGACGCCUUGGAUUUCCCCUUGAAGCGUCUCAAAAGGCUUUCCAGAAGGAAUGUCAUCACGAUCAAAUACUCGUGCUUUUUUUUUUGACCAAUUGAACUGCUC